UUUCGAGCUCUUCUGCUUCUUGUCAUUGACAGCUGUGAACCAAUGCUCCUCUCGCCCAGCUCGGCUUCCUCCCGCCCCUGUCAUGGCAUCCCAAGCCGUUCCGAUACCCGGCGUCAGUGACGACUUCUUUCGCCCUCUACAUCCCGCCAACGCUGCAUUGCCGUUUGCCGCGGAACUCGACCCCGCGGAUGGCGCCGUUGACGACGGCGACAUUCACGCCGCAAUCAACUCGUUCCUCGCGCUGCCCAACAGCUUCUGGGAUUCCUCGCUUCCACCGUUCCUGGCCGUCGAUCCUUCACCAACCCAAGAAAGCGCAGAUGCUGCGGCGGAGGCGCCCAGAGGAGCGGCGGACAAAAGCGGAGCCAAGCGGAAGCCGCGCGGAGACGCCAGCGGAGGUGAAACGACGCAAGCGGUGCGCGGAUGCGAAACAAAAAUCCAGAACGCGUCUUCGACGAAAAUGCUGGAGGAUUCCGAGGGCACGGAGCAGCAGCAGCAGUCACACGGGCGGAAAGAUUCCGAAUCCGACUCGUUAAGCCGGCGCGAGCCCAAGCAGCCUCCGACGUGGCGCGGCGGCAGCAACUCGAAGAAACAGAGGCAGCAGCAGCGGCGGCACAAGGCGACGCAGCAAAACGCCAAGAUUCUGUCGGCUCUGCUCACGGCGCUCGCCUCGCUCGACGACCUGUGCCCCGCUAAUGGCGACGCCGCGUCGGACGAUUCCGCGCCCACGACUCCGCCGUCCGCCAAACGGCGGAAGGCGUGCGGCGGCGGCAAGCCCGACCUGGUGACCGAUGGUGACUGCGACGGCGCGAGUGGCAAUGCAGCGGCGGAGCCUCCUGAGAACGGAGAGACGAGCAAGCCAGCGCCGCUACCGAGGCUAAUCCAGCAAGGCGCAACGCACGGGGCAUCGCAAGGGGCAUCGCGAGGAGCAGCGCAAGGAGCAGCGCAGCGAGCAGAGAGGAAGGAGACGGGCGUGGAUGAGAACGGAGAUGUAUGCGGAAAGGACGAGUUUUCAAGUGUGGCCACUUUGGGACGGGUCGGUACGGGCAGAAGUCUCCUGGAUGUGUUCAUUUCUGACCUGCCCGAGAUUGGCGGGCAUCUGGACGCUGUCAUGGCCGCCCUGUCCACCGCUGAAGGCGGGGGAGGUGCAGCUGGGGGAGUUGGUGCUGGGGAUGGCACUGCUGCUGCCACGGCCUGGUGCAAGGGAGGUGUUUCUGCGGACAAUGCUGCCUGCGCUGCUGCUGCUAAGAUGGCCUCUGCGACAUCUGCUCACUUGGAGUUACCAUCUCAGCCGCCUUCCAAUGUCUCGCCACCCCACACUCCAGUGCAAGACCAUGUGCCAGGGUUUGCGCAUGUGCACGAGAAGCUGCUGGCUAUUGACGAGGAGUGCAAUAACGGGGAAGAUGGUGAAGACCAUGAUGAUGAGGAUGACAGGCUGAGCACGGGCAGCAUUGACAGCGUGGAUGCAGCUGCUGCUGCAGCGGCGGCAGCAGCACUGGCCAUGCGGACACGCAGGAGAGAGGCUGAAGAAACCAAGGCAAACGUGCUUUCUCCUCGCAUCGCUGAUGAGGCUGAGAUGAAGAGAGGAGCAGGACAGCGCCCACCCCCCCUGAUGCUCCCUGGCUGCCUUGCGCCUCCAUGUGAAGACUCCCCUCUGUCCCUGGGCAGCCCCUUCAACGACGGAGAGGCGAGCACUUGGGGCCUCGGAGCCAGUACCCCAGGGAGAGGAGGUGCCAGCAGGCUGCCAGGAGUGGAAUCCCCUAAUUGCCUUUCGCCCCAAGGCACAUUUUGGGGGGCAGGCAGCAGCCGUCCCCCUCAUGCCCCCCCAGCGCAGCCCAUGGGGGCGAAUGGAGGCUCACCUUGUGCCAUGACUGCUGGGCUUGGGUCACCAUUCCCUGGUGCCAGUUCAGGGCGUGCAGGGGGUGACGACAUGGACGAGUGGAUGCCGCGCAGCCGUGGGCGCAAAGACCGGCAGGUGGCGGGGGGGCGCAUCAAGGCGCGGAGCAUGGCGGAGAGGCAGAGGCGGGAGCGCAUCAGCGAGGGGCUGCAGAAGCUGCGCAUGGCGGUGCGCGGCCACGGGGACACCGCCACCAUGCUUGACAACGCCGUCGCGUACGUGGACGCCCUGCAGCGCCGCGUGAGCUCGCUCGAAACCACCCUGCUGCUGCACAGGGCCUCCUGUCAACACCAGAUUCCCGAAUGUACCGUGCAAGGUGAAAGGUGAUGACAAUGGUAGGUAGACAUCAAGGUUAUAUAAUAAGAUACUAUAUGGGAGUCCAUAAACUAUAACGGGGAUGGGCAAUAAGGGGUUAUCAGCGCGCAACAAAUAAUUGUGGGUUGUAUGAUGUAUCGUAAGAAUAAAAGCCUGGUUUUUUG